AUGGAUGGCAGGGUGGGAGAGGGCUGCCGCACUGCUGGUGGAGGGGACAGUGGCGAGGCACAGAGCCACUGGCAUGUGGCUGUGCCGCCGCGGGUGAUGUCCCAGCCAGGGCACGUGGAGGUGGCCGAGCCCCAUCUCCCCACAGGUGCUCAGCAAAGCGCGACUGUGGCCAACCCAGCAUCUGGUGCAUCCUCGGACCUGCUGCCGCACUUCCAGCUGGAGCCGGAGGAUGUCUACAUUGUGAAGAACAAGGCAGUGAGCCUGGCCUGCCGAGCUACCCCUGCCACCCAGAUCUACUUCAAGUGCAAUGGCGAGUGGGUGCACCAAGGUGACCACGUUACGCAGCACAGCACCGACCGCAGCACUGGGCUACCAGUGAUGGAAGUGCGCAUCGAGGUCACCCGCCAGCAAGUGGAGAAGAUCUUUGGGCUGGAGGAGUACUGGUGCCAGUGCGUAGCCUGGAGCUCCUCCGGCACCACCAAGAGCCAGAAAGCCUUCGUGCGCAUCGCCUAUCUGCGCAAGAACUUCGAGCAGGAGCCGACAGCCAGGGAGGUCUCCAUUGAGCAGGGCAUCGUGCUGCCAUGCCGCCCGCCCGAGGGCAUCCCCCCGGCCGAGGUUGAGUGGCUGCGCAAUGAGGAGCUGGUGGAUCCAGAACUGGAUGCCAACGUCUACGUGACGCCAGAGCACAGCCUGGUGCUGCGUCAGGCCCGCCUGGCCGACACUGCCAACUACACCUGCGUGGCUAAAAACAUCGUGGCCCGUCGCCGCAGCGCCUCUGCUGCCAUCACUGUCUACGUGAACGGCGGCUGGUCGACGUGGACGCAGUGGUCAGGCUGCAGCACCAGCUGUGGACGGGGUUGGCAGAAGCGGAGCCGGACGUGCACCAACCCCACACCCCUCAAUGGGGGUGCUUUCUGUGAGGGCCAAAAUGUGCAGAAAACCGCCUGCACCACCCUCUGCCCAGUGGACGGCGCCUGGUCGGAGUGGAGCAAGUGGUCGGAGUGCGGGGCCGAAUGCACCCACUGGCGCAGCCGCGAGUGCUCGGAGCCAGCGCCACGCAACGGAGGCCGGGAUUGUCAUGGUCCCGAGUUGGACACCCGCAACUGCACCUCCGAGCUCUGCACCCACGCUACCUCCGGCGCAGAGGAUGUAGCACUGUACGUGGGGCUGGUGGCCGUGGCCGUGUGCCUGGUGCUGCUGCUGCUGGUGGGGGUGCUGGUGUACUGCCGCAAGAAGGGGGGCCUGGACGCUGAUGUGGCCGAUUCCUCCAUCCUCACUGCCGGCUUCCAGCCCGUCAGCAUCAAACCCAGCAAGGCUGACAACCCCAGCCUGCUCACCAUCCAGCCAGACCUCAGCACCACCACCAUGACCUACCAGGGCUCGCUCUGCCCACGCCAGGACGGCCCUGCCAAGCUCCAGCUGCCCAACGGGCACCUACUGAGCCCGCUGGGUGCUGGAAGGCACACGCUGCACCACAGCUCACCCGCCGCCGAGGGUGCUGACUUCGUGGCCCGGCUCUCCACACAGAGCUACUUUCGCUCCCUGCCCCGUGGCACCAACAACAUGGCCUAUGGCACCUUCAACUUCUUGGGGGGGCGGCUCAUGAUCCCCAACACAGGGAUCAGCCUGCUCAUCCCACCUGAUGCCAUCCCACGGGGGAAGAUCUAUGAGGUCUACCUGACUCUGCACAAGCAGGAGGAGGUGAGGCUGCCCUUAGCUGGCUGCCAGACGCUGCUGAGCCCCAUCGUCAGCUGUGGCCCCCCCGGGGUCCUCCUCACCCGCCCUGCCAUCCUGGCCAUGGGGCACUGCGUGGAAGCCAGUGCUGAGAACUGGAGCAUCCGGCUGAAGAAGCAGUCGUGCGAGGGCACGUGGGAGGACGUGCUGCAGCUGGGCGCUGAGCCGUGCACGGAGCUGUACUACUGCCAGCUGGAAGCGCAGGCUUGCUACGUGUUCACGGAGCAGCUGGGGCGCUUCGCCCUGGUCGGGGAGUCCCUCAGCAUGGCGGCCUCCAAGCGCCUCAAGCUGGUCCUGUUCGCGCCGGCCGCCUGCCCCUCGCUCGAGUACAACAUCCGUGUGUACUGCCUCAGUGACACCCAGGACGUGCUCAAGGAGGUGAUCCAGCUGGAGAAGCAGCUGGGAGGGCAGCUGAUCGGAGCCCCGCGGGUGCUGCACUUCAAGGACAGCUACCACAACCUGCGCCUCUCUAUCCACGAUAUGCCCAGCUCCCUCUGGAAGAGCAAGCUCCUCGCCAGCUACCAGGAGAUCCCUUUCUACCACAUCUGGAGUGGGCUGCAGCCCUUCCUGCACUGCACCUUCACCCUGGAGCGCCUGAGCACCAGCACCUGUGAGCUGGCCUGCAAGAUCUGGGUCUGGCAGGUGGAGGGAGACGGGCAGAGCUUCACCGUCAACUUCAACAUCGCCAAGGACACGAGGUUUUCAGACUGGCUGGUCCCUGAUGAGGUGGGCACCCCGGCUCUGGUGGGCCCCAGUGCCUUCAAGAUCCCCUUCCUCAUCCGCCAAAAGAUCAUCAGCAGCCUGGACCCGCCGGGCACACGGGGAGCUGACUGGAGGACACUGGCACAAAAGCUCAACCUUGACAGCCAUCUCAGCUUCUUCGCCUCGAAGGCCAGCCCCACAGCCAUGAUCCUCAACUUGUGGGAAGCGCGGCACUUCCCCAAUGGCAACCUCUCCCAGCUGGCUGCUGCCGUGGCCGAGGUCGGCAAGCAGGACGGUGCCCUCUUCUCCGAGGCCGAGUGUUGA